AUCAGUGCCCAUUCGAUUUUUAAAACUGUUCAGGAAACUACUUUUUUAUUGUUUUGUAACACCUCUAACGAAAUGAGUGUCAGACAUGUUGUGUUGCUGUGCUUGGUUCUUGUUCAUGUGACAAUUUCCCAAGCUCGACAUCCACCAAGGGAGAAGUCAAUUUGCCCACAUGGCACAGUAGGCAACUGUCUUGGCUUCGCCAACCAACAGUGUCCUCCCAACGGCGAGUGUCGCCGGGUAUCAGGGACGUUCGGUAUUUGCUGUCGAAUUCCUGACCCACCAGUGUGCGGUUGCCGACAUGGUCAGCGCGGUAUCUGUGGGGGUAUCGCUAACUUGAGGUGCCCACGUGGUACCACUUGUCAAUGCUCCCCGAACCCGCCUUUUCCAGACUCGAACGGAAAGUGCUGCCGAUCACGUCCAGUUUACGGGUAUAACGAUCACGACGACCGAUAGCGUACAUAUCGAUUUGAACUUCCAUUGAUAUUAUUUCAUGGGACAUGACUUAAAAUAAACUUCC